GCUGAAUGCCGAACCGUUCACAUUUUUAUCUUAUCGUUUCCGUUGAAAUUUGCAUGCAUUUUGUGAUAAGUAAUUUAUAUAUUCAAUUUAAUUUGCUGCUUAAUAAUUUAAAAGUGAAUAAUCAUGUCUUUACUAGCUAUAGGCAUCGAUUUAGGUACAACCUAUACAGUUGCUGCCAUAUACAAAGAUGGCCAUCCUGAAAUUAUUCCAAAUUUGGAUAAAGAUAGGCUCACAUCGUCCAUAGUGUUUUAUUCGCCCAAAGAUCGCAGUGCUAUUGUCGGGAAAUAUGCUUAUGAUAAAUCCAUCAUGAAUCCAAGAAAUGUUUUGUUUGAUAUGAAAAGAAUAAUUGGUAGAGACUAUAAGGACGCCUAUGUACAAAACUACGUAGCAAUGGGACAAAGAAACACAUUUAAUUUACAAGUAACCUGCAACUCUUCGGGCCCUUGUAUAAAAUUGGAUUAUGAGGGUGAUGAAACAAACGCAACAGUGACACCAGAAGAAGUAGCCUCAGAUAUUUUGAAGCAUGUUAAACUAUCUGCUGAACGAUUUUUAGGACAAACUGUAAACGAAGCAGUGAUAUCAGUACCAGCGUACUUCAGCUACGCUCAAAGAGCAGCAACCAAACGUGCAGCAGAACAAGUAGGUUUCCAAGUGUUGAAGCUGAUCACUGAACCUGUGGCAGCUGCCAUUCAUUACACCAAGGCGGAAUUUCAAGAAAACAUGCUACUUUUGGUUGUGGAUUUGGGCGGCGGUACUUUGGACGUUUCAGUGAUUCGAUGUACCCGAGACAGGUUCGAAGUAAAAGCUAUAGAAGGCGACAUGUUUCUGGGCGGAAACGACUUUGAUGAAGUUGUUUUUAAUCAUUUGUUGGCAGAAAUUAGUCAAAGAUAUGUCAACAAAAAAGCUAUCCAAAAUCCCAGAUUUGUGAGAAGACUGAGAAAGUAUGCCAAAAAAUUGAAGGAGGCGCUAUCCACUCACAAAGAGUAUAAUAUAACGGUUGAAAUGAAUAGUGAUGACGUUUACGAAAUUGAAAUGACCAGAGAGAAGUUUGAACAGUUGACAGAUCCAUUAUUUCAACGAAUCACAAAUAAGGUUCAAAAAUGUAUCCAGUCAGCAAAAAUCACCACAACAGACAUCGAUAAAGUCGUAUUAACAGGUGGUGCCUCAAUGAUGCCUAAAUUAACAGACCUCAUCAAAAAUAUAUUCGAUAUUGAGCCCAGUACGAACUUGCAUCCAGAUGAAGCUGUCGCGUUGGGUGCCAGCAUCCACGCUGCCCACUUGAAACACAAUCUGGAAAAUUCCAUAAAAUACGAAUUGAUAGAUGUUGCUCCGCAUUCUUUGGGUAUACAAACCCAAUACGAUUUGAUGAUAGGUUUUAUCGAAAAAGGCGCUACGCUUCCAGCGAUUAGUAAAAAAUCAAUGCAAACCAGUUACAAUAAUCAAAAUAAUGUGAUUUUUAAAAUAUUUGAAGGCGAAAGGAAGCAAUGCAAACGCAACAAGAAACUUGGCCAGUUGACCAUCAAUGAUUUACCUUUGGGUAAAGCUGGAGAAGUUGAAUUCGAAGUGACUUUUGUUUUGGACGAAAACGGCGUGUUGCUUGUAACCGCUGUAGAAAAAUCAACAGGAAACCAGAAUCAGUUGCAAAUAAUGAUGAAUAAUUUAGCCCUAUGCGACAGCGACCUUUAUGUACCACCAGAAAAAGAAAACGAACUUGCAAGAGAAGAUAUUUUAUGGGACGAAUAUUAUAGAUUUCUCAUAGGAACUGACAGAUAUUGCGAUAAGCUGAUAUGUGAAGUGGAAAAAUUGAGUUUCAGUUCUAGGAAAGAUAAUAUUAUAAAAGCAUUGAACGAUUUCAACGAGAGAAAGGCGGCAUUGAAUCAUAAAAAUAUUGAGUUAUUGAAAAAUAGUUUUCAAUUGCUACAUGCUGAAGUGUCGAGUGACAAAAAUUCGAUUUUUGAUUUAUAAAAUGUUGUAGAUUGUUAAGACAGAUUGUUGUUUUUGGUACCUAACCUGAGUAUUUUUGAUUUUAGAUUAUUAUUUCUCUUAAAAUGGCAAAUAAAUUAUAUUGGUCAAUGAG